UCACAGCCUCUCCGCACGCACGGAAGAGAAGUCACUUCAUUCAACGAUGGCGUUUCUUUGGCUGGUGUCUCUGUGUUACCUGGUGGUUCUGUUUCGGUUCAGUUACACAUUUAAAGCUGCUGUCUACGAACAUGUUCAACAAGGAGACAGAUGGAAUGACUCGGCGACCACCAUAAUAAGGAAGAACCUUCUGAAGUAUCAGGAGGCAACUCGCAACGCGUCUCUUCAGGGAUCCGACAUCAUCGUCUUCCCAGAAGUGGGCAUCCUUUCCGUCAGGAACGCACUUGAUCACGCUGAAGACAUUCCAGAACCGGGAAACGUGAAUCCAUGCCAGAGUAGUGCGCAUAGUAACCUAUCUUGGCCCAUCUUAUCCAAUCUCAGUUGUCUGGCACGCGAUAACAAAAUCUACUUAGUAGCCAACGUUGUCGACACGAAGCCGUGUGUUCAUCCAAACUGUAGUAAAAGUUCCAAUGACACCCAGGUGUACUACAACACCAACGUAGCAUUUGACCGGAAUGGGACGCUAGUAUCGAGGUACCACAAGAACCAUUUGUUCGGGGAAAGACGUUUCGAUGAGCCCAAUCCACCGGAAUUCGCUGUCUUCGAAACGGAUUUCGGCGCCAAAGUUGGAAUGUUCAUCUGCUUCGACAUCCUCUUCAAGGAAGCUUCCCAACUUGUAACCAAGCACGAGGUUGACCUCGCUGUCACGAGCGCUUGGUGGUUUGACGAAUUGCCCAACUGGUCCAGCGUGGCAGUACAGGAAACCUGGGCUAUUCGUCACAACGUGACUCUUUUGGUGUCUGGAAUCCAGAGACCUUCAUCGGGGUCUCUUGGGAGCGGUAUUUACAGAGGAGAGCAAGGACCACUUAUCUAUACCUACAGUCCUGACUGGGAGGAUAAGCUCUUGAUUGCUGACACGGACGAGCCAUUGGCCCAAAAUAUUCGGUAUAGGGACGACGUGCUGGAAGUGAAUGACCGUGUCAUAAUGGAAGAGAGUACCAUGGACUAUGCCGCAGUGAAGCUAGAAGGCACUUUGGGGGAAGAGACUGUGUGCCAAGGAAAUUAUUGCUGCACAGUGAGAUUCGCUGUUCCGUCGAUGAACGACAGCUUCUUCCUCCUGUUCAAAAUUGGAUACAAACCGACCCCAGUGGGCAUCAGACUCGGAGUACAGGAAUGUAUGGUAGCGGUUUGUGAGCCGGAACACGGACGUCCCUGUGGCCGAUUCCUCUACACCUCCAAUACGACAUUCACUCGACUGGAGAUAAGGGCCAACUUUUCUGUUCCGGAUAUAUAUCCCGUGGUUCUGUCCGACCAACUAGCACUGACGGCGACGAGACACUGGAAUUAUAACGUCACAACAGCAGAUGAGGCAGUGCUGGCUAUCGAAGAAGGGAAUCCCCCACCGGAGCCAUUGCUGUCUGCAGUAUUGCUGGGAAGGAUUUACGACAAUGACGUCAUUCCUCCACGAGCAAGAGAUUAAAUUACUAUCUUGCCUUUGAGCGCAUUGGAGCCAGGUGACAUGAGAAAACAUGGGGAUGCGUCACAAGCUUCUUACUGCGGGCCAAGUGAGGUAGCAGCGUGUGUUUUGACAAUUUAGUCUCGUACUAAUUGCAGGCAUACCGCAACAACUCACAGCAUGGCCUCCUCUGUGACUCCGGUGCAGCAAUAUGUUUUUCAAUGUCAUGUGACUAAACGUGGCGUCACUGCACAAGCCUCAUUCUUCUUUUUUGUAUCAUGAUUGUUUAAUAUCCCACAUGUAUUAAAAACUUAUCAAGGGCUUUA